GUUUAAAGUCUCAACCAGGUCAAGAACCAAGUCGAUACAACACCACAAAUUAAAAUCCCGCCACAUAAAGCGGGUUUAGAUCUCCCACUUUUUUCAUAAAUUGUAUUUUAUCCCCUUCUUUCUCUUGCUUUUUAUAAAGAUAUAUAAAAUUUUAUACAAAGAAUGCGUUGUACAUCCAACACUUUAUGCACAAAUGAUAUUAAAGAAACUAUUCGACUCUACGUGACAACCACUUCUUUUGUCUUGGUCAAGGAUGAACAUAUUUUAGAAAUCCAUUUCGAUGGACACAAAAUGACACGAAGAGACUCUUUUAAGCCCGUAAAUAUCGUUCAAAGCUAUGAUAUUCACGGCGUUCUUGGUUUUGUAGAAGGUUUCAAAGAAAAAUACAUGGUCAUCAUAUCGUCCGUUCAACUUCGAGGUCAUUUAUUCGGUAACCCAGUUUAUGUCAUUGAACGUGUCAGUUGCUUAAGUUUCGAUUCAUUCAAAGCAUGCCAAAAACUCGAUAAAAAGACCGUGGAGGAGGAAGAGGACGAAGACAAUGAAUCACAACGCAUCAUUCCAAAAAGACCUACCUCCAGACCCGUCGUUCUAACACAAUCCAAUUCUUUUCUCACUCGCAUCAAACAAACCUUCACAAAAAAUAAGUCGCAGGAAGCAUUAGCUGAACCCAAGGAAGAACUCUUGAUCGAUCAACUCACAUCAGACAUCAUCAAAAAAGAUAGCGAGCCACUCAUCGCCUCUUCUUCUACUUCUUCUUCUACUUCUUCUUCAUCUUCUUCAGAAGAAGAGGAAGAGGACACAGAGGAUGAAGCCUUGGAAAAACGUCUCGUACGACAAGUCACGGAAAUGUUUAGCAGAUCCAUGUUUAUCUAUUCAAACACAUGCGAUAUCACCAAUAGCUUCCAAAGAUCUCACGAAAAGAGCAAAUCAGAUCCACUCUACGACGAUCCCUCCGUACCUUUAUGGAAAAAAGUCGAUAAACGUUUCUGGUGGAAUGAACACCUCACGCGUGACUUUAUCACUCAAAAGAUGGAUGAAUGGAUCGUUCCUGUAAUGCAAGGGACGUUACAAAUUGAGCCAUGUAACAUUGAAGGUUACGCAUUUGAUUUCGUAUUGAUAUCAAGACGAAGCAGAGAAAGAGCAGGUAUGCGGUAUCAAAGAAGAGGUAUCAAUGAAGAUGGCCAAGUAGCCAAUUUUGUCGAAACAGAACAAGUCGUUUUAUUCAAGCGUGACGAUUCGAAUCAUGUUGCAUCAUUUGUACAAACACGUGGAUCAAUCCCGUUGUUCUGGAGUCAAUCGCCUUAUAGUCUACAUCCAGUUCCUUCUCUCGAACGAGGAGAAGACGAAAACGAAUCUGCCUUUCAUAAACAUUUCGAUAUUCAAGAAAAAUUAUAUGGCAGACAGAUCGUGGUUAAUCUCACCGAAUUAUCAGGCAGAGAAGCCAUUGUUGGAUCAGAAUAUCGUAAACACGUCGAGAACCUAGCCGAUCCCAAUAUCAAGUACGUCGAGUUUGAUUUUCAUCGAGAGACAAAAGGGAUGCGAUUCGAAAAUAUAAGUAAACUUAGCAAGAGUUUACAUGACGAUCUAUCGAAAAUACAAUAUUUCUGGGAAGCAAACGGGAAUAAUAAGGAAAAUGUCUAUUGCGAACAAUCCGGCACCUUUAGAACUAACUGCAUGGAUUGUCUGGAUAGAACAAAUGUAGUACAGAGUGCAUUCGGUCGUAGUGUGCUGAAUUUACAACUCAUGCGUUUUGGGAUUUCAGAGUAUCCGGAACAAGGCAUCAAAUUCUACGAUGAGUUUGAAAGAAUAUUUAACAAUGUCUGGGCAAAUAACGGUGACAUGAUUUCUAGAAUGUAUGCAGGUACUAGUGCUUUAAAAGGUGACUUUACCAGAACUGGUAAACGAAAUAUCACGGGCAUGAUGAACGAUGCUUCCAAUUCAUUAGCAAGAAUGUACUUUAAUACUAUCAAGGACUUUUGGAGACAAGCCACCGUGGAUUUCAUCCUGGGAUAUCAUAAAACAGAAAUCUUUCGUCAUGUACCUCAAAGUACCAACAUGUCUGCCGAACCAGGCAUCGAAAGACGAUGGGCCAAAAUUCGUACUGACGCCAUUGAAAUCAGUAGUGAAAUCGUCAUUGCCGAUGAUGAAACCAAAAUCGCUGGUUGGACACUCUUAUCACCUACGCAGGACAACACAAACAGCAAGAAAUCCGGCAAGGAGUUUGAAGAAAAAGUCGUCUUAUUGACGGAAAAGGCACUUUAUAUUUGCAGUUACAAUUACAGUCUCGAAAAAGUCAUUCAAUUCAAACGACUGGAUUUACAUACGAUCACAUCCAUUCAAGUAGGAGAAUACAUUCUAUCCUCACUCACUCCCGCUUCGCGCUCCCCCGACCAAAAUUAUGGCAUCAUCCUAUCGCAUCUGAUCGAGGGAGAAUCUGUGCGUUGGAACACGGGUAGUAUUCGAAAUCAAAGUUUAGGCGAUCUGAAUAUUCAACACGACGAAGAGGAAGACGAGGUCUUGAUCAACAACGAGAUUUCGGCUAUCACCUUUAAAGCAGUGCGUUAUAAUAUCUUGGGUGAAUUGGAUGGGAAAGUUCAGAGCUGUAAACAACAAAUACAAGACAUGGUACAAUCCAUCACAAAAGCCUCGGGUCAUCUCGAAAAGGACUUCAUCAUUCAAAAACCCAUCAUCAGUCUGGAACAAGCAGAAAAGACAGAUGGCAUUUUCAAAAAGAUGGGACACAAGAUUAAACAAGCUAUUUGGAUCUAACCUUUCAUGCCAAUCC